CAGGCGCGGUGGUCUCUAUAUAACAGGGCGUCUCUUCCACCUCCCGCGUAUUCUGCCCUGACGCGCCGUACUGUACAGGUGGAAGCUUUCAUCACUUUAAGAGGAGUUUUCACGUCAUUUAUAUACCGCAAUAUCUUAGGAGGAGGAUGUCGGGCGUGGCUGGUCACCUGAGUCUCAUCUUGUUGUUUGCUUACCUCACUCUGUCUCAUGCUGAUGACCGGUUCACGUGUUGUAUGGGCGGGUGGAAGGUGAUGAGGGGGGUGACACUGUGUGCCGCCCCCUGCUGCCCGGGCUACCAGCAGAAGACCCUCAAGAUGCCCCUCCUCGACUCCCCAGUUAUCUGCCAGAAACUGACGGAGGAGGAGCUCAAACAGCAGGAGGAGGCCAGGAUGACCACCACCCCGCCAGCUGAGCCAAAAAACGUCCUUGAUGACCAGCCUCGCCGUAUCAUAAGAGCGUCGUCAGAGUACGAGGAAUUCCUUUACCGCCAUCGCCACUUCUUCCUCCACCUCAUGAACGAGGGGUACUCACGCAAGGAACUCCUCACCAACAUGGAACAGUUCCUGAACAAGAUAUCAUCAGUCCUCUAUCAACCCGACUGGUAUCGUGGCUAAAGUGGCAUGCCCCACACCCUGGUCAAAUACCCCUAUAACGCCCACAUCCUAGUUACACUCCCGCUACGCCCACACCCUGGUCACACUCCCCACCACGCCCUCACACUAGCCACACUCCUACCACGCCCACACUCCUCGCUACGGCUAAACUGGUCACACUCCCCACCGCGUCCACACACCUGCUCCACAACCAUAUUGCCCUCGGUCAGCGCACAUUGUGAUUGAUGACAGGCAACACACAGCAAUUAAAAUCUAUAUAAACUACUGUAAAUAAGCUUUGGCAAUACACCACUGUUGUAUCGUAAUGUCUGUGUAAUUAUUCAGUAAAAGAGGAGCCAUUUUGUGUUUUAAAAUAAAGCGAGAAGCAGACUCUAUCCCCCAGACCACGUACACCAAGUCUAAUCCAUUCCUUACCUAAUAAUCAAACUUACUCCUAAUAUAACCUAAUAUAACUUACCCAAUCACUGACGUAACGUAAAUUAUCAUCACUAAUUCCAUAACCUAACAAGCUAGCGCAUUUGAACUCAUAACAUACAGUGUAUCUCAGGUUCCAAGGUAAACAAAUCGACCGUCGAUUCUACAGCCAGGAACUGCACUUGACACCGACUUCACUCCCAUCUUAUUUAACUGAAAUAUUUUACCACCGCCUUAAUAUCACUCCAGUUGAAGCCAAUAAAUGACAUACUUACGUGUGGGUGUGGCUGCAGAACGUGAUGAAGGCAGCCACACAUAAUUUUGGGUAACACCUUCAUAUAACCAACAAACCAACUUUGCCCACUGAUCUGGAUAAUUUCGUUUAAAUUGAAUACUCUCCAAGCAUGAAUUUGUAAAACCAAUCCUUAUUUAUGAUGGAUAAAUUACUAAUUAAAAAUCAUACCAC